CCGUCAACUUCCCAAAAAAAUAUAGGCCGAGAGGGCUUUUUCGUAAUUUGAAAUCCCUAAACGACACCGUGUUAAGCCCCUCUMCUCCCGCCCGUGGUCUUUCCCCCGGCGCGCCAUAUUCUUUCUUCCAGUCACAAGUCAGAAAUUGCAGGCUCCGACUCCGACGAACAUCGAAGAAGCUUCCGGCGUAAUUCUUCUUCCUCUGCAGCGCUCUCCGUUACGGCGAUCUUUCAGGCUACGUUCAUUGAUGGGGGAUUCCAAGGAAAGUAUAUGGGAAUCAAAAAUCUUAGAUAAUGUACGGACCGGAGAUUAUUUGUCAGUUUGGAGAGGCUAUGGUGCAGUAGGAAUUGUUGGAACAAUUUUUAUUGGCAUUCUUGUAGCCUUUUCACUUCCUAGUAUCUCGUUGGCAAAGAAAAGGUGGAAACGAAGAGGAGUUCCUGUGGAAGUUGGUGGGGAGCCAGGUUAUGCAGUGCGUAAUGCUCAAGUGGCUGAACUUUCUCAGGUUCCUUGGAAAGGAGCUGAAACCAUGGCGGCACUGUUUGAGCAAUCAUGUCGAAAGCAUUCACGGAAUAAAUUCCUUGGAACAAGAAAGUUGAUUUCCAAGGAAUUUGUCACUUCUAGUGAUGGUAGGAAGUUUGAGAAACUUCACUUGGGUGAUUAUGAAUGGCAAACUUAUGGAGAAGUGUUUGAUCGUGCUUGCAACUUUGCAUCUGGGCUUGUUAAUUUUGGCCACAAUGAAGAUACUCGUGCUGCCAUUUAUGCAGAAACUUGUGCUGAGUGGUUUAUUGCCUUUCAGGGAUGCUUUAGGCAGAACAUUACUAUGGUUACGAUAUAUGCUUCUCUUGGUGAGGAAGCCUUAAUCCAUUCUCUUAAUGAGACUGAAGUUUCUACUCUGAUCUGCAAUUCAAAUCAGUUAAGGAAGCUGCUGGCAAUAAGUUCAAGUUUGACAACUAUUCAAAAUAUUAUUUAUUUUGAAGAUGAUGGAUACAAAACUGAUAUUAGCUCUGAAAAUAUGAGCAAUUGGAAGGUUACAUCCUUCUCUGAGAUCAUCAAGCUUGGUAAAGAAAAUCCCGUUGUUCCAAGCUUACCUUCCAGUCACAGUAUCGCUGUUGUGAUGUAUACAAGUGGCAGUACAGGUUUGCCAAAGGGGGUUAUGAUUAGUCACGGCAACAUCGUAGCCACUGCUGCAGGUGUUAUGACAGUUAUUCCAAAACUUGGUAGCAGUGAUGUAUACGUGGCAUACCUGCCCCUUGCUCAUGUUCUAGAACUGGCAGCUGAGACUGUCAUACUAUCUGCAGGAUUGGCAAUGGGUUAUAGUUCGCCAUUAACAAUGACAGACACKUCUAGUAAAAUAAAGAAAGGAACUAAGGGAGAUAUUUCUGUGUUGAAACCAACAAUCAUGACUGCUGUUCCAGCUAUCUUAGAUCGUGUUCGAGAUGGAGUUCUGAAGAAGGUUGAAGAGAAGGGAGGCUUAGUGAAGAAACUCUUCCACAUUGGAUAUAAUCGCCAACUAGCAGCUUCGGAGGGAAGCUGGCUUGGAGCUUGGGGACUUGAAAGACUGUUUUGGAACAUCCUGAUCUUCAAAAAAAUACGUUCAGUACUUGGAGGGCGCAUACGAUUUAUGCUUUGUGGUGGCGCCCCUCUAUCAGGAGAGUCUCAACGGUUUUUCAAUAUUUGCAUGGGGGCUACAAUUGGUCAAGGGUAUGGCUUGACAGAAACAUUUGCUGGAGCUUCCUUUUCCGAAUGGGAUGAUCCAAGCGUGGGACGUGUUGGGCCUCCUCUUCCUUGUUGUUUCAUUAAGCUCGUUUCUUGGGAAGAGGGUGGCUAUAGGACGACUGACAAACCAAUGCCUAGAGGAGAGAUCGUUGUCGGGGGCACCAGUGUCACUGCUGGUUACUUCAAGAACCCUGAAAAAACUAACGAGGUCUACAAGGAUGACGAGAAAGGUAUGCGCUGGUUUUACACCGGAGAUAUAGGAACAUUCCAUCCUGACGGCUGCCUCGAGAUCAUAGAUAGAAAGAAGGAUAUCGUUAAACUUCAGCAUGGAGAGUAUAUAUCCCUAGGGAAGGCUGAGGCAGCCCUACUGUCAAGCAAUURCGUGGAUAAUGUUAUGGUAUAUGCAGACCCCUUCCACAAUUAUUGUGUAGCUCUUGUUGUUCCUUUGCGUCCAGCCCUUGAGAAGUGGGCCAAAGAAGCUGGCAUCAACUUUGAGGAUUUUUCUCAGCUAUGUGAAAAUGGUGAAGCCAUUAGUGAGGUUCAGCGAUCCCUUUCCAAGGUAGCAAAAGAUGCAAAGUUACAAAAAUUUGAAAUUCCUACAAAAAUAAAGUUGGUAGCAGAAGCAUGGAGCCCAGAGUCAGGAUUGGUUACUGCUGCUUUGAAGAUAAAGAGGGAACAACUCAAGGCAAAAUUCAAGAAUGAGCUUCAACAGCUAUACAAGUCUAAAUAAAGGGAGCUCAUCAAAUUUCUAGUGGAACACAAUGACUACUUAAUACGUCUUUUGGUAUCUGUUUGGUACGCAAUUCAAAUUUUCAUUCGGUUUUUUAAAA